AAAAUGAGCUAAUUUUUGGAACGGUUGUAUCAAUCCAAUCUCAUGCAAAAAUACUAGAUCGUUAUACUCCUCUUCAACGCUGUAGCACACUGCACGAUGCCUCGCAAGAAAAAGCGGCUUGUUCACGUCGCUACGUUCGUUGCAGCUCGGCAUCAGCACCGUCAAGAACGCCUACAGCAAGCACAAAUUAACCCUUUAGCCAAGCUUGCUGCAGAGGCUCGAGCGCUACCGUGAGGCAUGCCUUCGCUUAAUGUUAGUGACCACAGCACAUCGUCGGAAGACGACGGCUCGGAUUGUGAAAACCAAGACAACCUGUAUCUUGUUGAUACAGUAUACGCAAAGAAGACCAACGUAGAGGGCGCUAUAUUUUAUUUAGUAAGCUGGGUUGGCUACGAGCGGCUGGCUUUGCAGCCCGCUGAAGACCUGCCCCAGAACGUCAUUGCAGAAUUUGAUCAAGAAGAGCUUGGCACUGUGUGACACGUGGAUCUCCGCCUGCAGAUUCCAGUUGGAGUCCUUGCAGGAGUAUGAGGACGCGGAAGAAGAGCAAGGCGUCGCUAACAACAUUAUGGAUUUUUUUUAUUGUUUUGUGCUAUCGUAUUGUUGUUUUUAUUAUAUUGGGCUACGAGCUCUCACUCAAUUAAUAAUAAAUUUUCCCAACCUCCUUCACGGACGUCCAGCGAAGAGAACCAGGCG